AAGGUCCGGACCCUGAAGGGCCAGAAGGCAGAGAAAGCUGUGAUUGGAGCAGAGGUCACCAAACUCCUGGAACUGAAGAAACAGCUAUCCCUGGCUGAGGGAAAGCACCCAGAACCAGUGGUGACAAAAGGCAAGAAGAAGUGAUUAGAAAGAGAGAGAAGACCGACAGAGGCUGGACAAAUAUGAGAGAAGUAGAGGCAAGAUUUGAAUAAUAAUAACAAAUAUGAGAGUAAGAUCUGUGACAGGAUGGAAGACAAUGUGGCGUUGCUUAUGGGGACAGAGUAGUAGGUAAGAUCAGUAAUCGAAGAGGGGGGAAUUGAAAACUGCUACCAAAUAUUCAGUCAGACUUUUUCUACAUCUCUUUACUCAAAGUAGCAGGUUCUAGUAGGCUGAUGGUUAGGUGGAUUCCCCGUUAUUUUUACUGCACGGUAUCAUGAAGAGAAAUAAAAUGGUGACCCGGUGACCCGGCUGGUUCCACCAGGCUACGGUUCUACUGUCACUAUGCAGCAAUUAGUUCAGGUCAGUGUGUGUAGAACGAUGUCUGCGUAAUAAUAUUAUAAUAUUGUUAUAUAAAACAUUUCAAAAAGUCAUGUUUUUACAUAUUCCCAUUUAUUCAAUCAAAUAAAUACAACAUUUGCUAAAAAAAUAAAUAAUCUGCAAAUACUGUGAUAAAUGAAUUCAGAAACAGAGGCUGGAAUUAUUAUUAUUAUUUUCUUAAUUUGUCACUUUCAAAGAUUAAAGCAUUUGUUUGGACCUUA